GAAAAAUCGGAAUAAAUACGUGUAAAAGAAAAGUAAACUACAUGAUAAAACACUCGCCAUCGGAUUUCAUUGUUCAGGAAAUGCACGAUCAUAACGAUAUAUGCGGUGAAGAGAGCGAUCACACGGAUGCUUCUUUUCUCAAACACUUCUUGGAUGAUGAUAUCGUGCAAAUUAUAACCAAUUUAGAGCAAUUAAACGAAAAAAAGACACUAAGGUGUUACUGGCAGAGAUAGACAUGCCGAAAAAAGAGGAAAGAACGCUUCUACACGGUGCAUUAAGGCGAAAUCCUUUGAUCGAAUCAGAGUAUGUCGAUAACAAAUUCAGAAUAUAUAAAAACACGCAGAAAGGCACCUUUUUCGUUCGUUUUACGGAAGGAAAAUGAAGACACUGUGGAAGCAUGCAUGCGAAUAUCGAAGGAACUGAACGUACCGUUCAAAAAUGUAAAGUUUGCUGGUAAUAAAGACAGGCGAGCAAUUACCUACCAGCGAGUAUCGAUCAAUGAUGUGUACUACGAUAAUAUCAAACAUUUACACUGCGUGAGAAGAGAACGAGGAUAUUUGAAACUCGGAGGAUUCAAAGGCAAUCGGUUCACGAUUAUGGUACGCCCGAAAGAAAACUCAUCAGAGACGGGUGAUUGCUCGUUAGAUGAUGCGGUAAUGAACAUGGAUCUGAAUAUGAAAAUGGUGCCUAAUUUCUUUGGUCCACAGCGAUUUGGAAGGAACUUGAAUAACCAUUUGGUAGGUAAGCUUAUACAGGAAAAAAAAUACGAAGAUGCGGUUAAUUUAAUCAUGAUGGCGGAAAAAAAUGAUGGAGACUAUGUGAAAGAAGCAAAACAGUCUUUUCAUAACAAAGAAUACGAUAAGGCCUAUGCACAAUUUCCUAAGAACUGUCUCGCCGAGAAAAGCAUUUGCAGAAACAUCACUAGAGGAUACAAAUAUGCUGUUUUCAGCAUUAAAGAAAAAAUUCGAGUUUUUUAUUUGCAUGCAUACCAGAGCUAUGUGUUCAACCAAGAGUUAUCGAAAUUGCUGGGUGGAAAAUACGAGGUAAACGAAGAGCUGGUCCUAAAGGGAAGUAAAGUAAAGAGAAAAGCUUUUACAGAAAUAAGAGAGCUCGCUUGUAAGAAAAAGGGGAAUGAUUAUCAAUUUACAUUUACUUUAGGGCCAUCAUCCUAUGCUACGAUUGUUUUAAGAGAAUUGCUCGGUGAAU